AAGACACGUGACUCGUCCUUUUAUGACGUCAUCGGGAAGACCGCAGAUGGAAAGAUGGCUGCGUUUCGCUGUCGGCGAGACCCGUGCGGCUUUAUCUGUCUCAUUUUAACUUAUUUCAGCGUCUUUUACGCCGACUAUGUUGUGAUUCAGUAUGUCCUGCUCCCCGCGUAUUCUGGAAGUGUAUGGUGCAGUCUCCAUGGAGCUGUGUUUAAUAUUAUUUUAUUACUGUUGCUGGCGUGCCAUUCAAAAGCAGUGUUCUCUGAUCCUGAAAUUCAGUGUUGGAUUCCAUGUUUUCCAUUCGUCUCCACUAAAGCCAUGUGGUUUCUGUAUGACAUUGUAGGCAUGGCCAGCUUGUAUUCCAUGGCGCUGGUGGUGUCAGCAUGGGUGUGGAGAAUAAGGAGCGAAAGAGAGGGAGAUGAAGAUAAAGAAGGAGAAGAAGCUCCCAGCAAACAUCUCAUUGUGGCACAUUAUAUCAUUUUGCUGGUGGAGUCGAUACUUUUUGGAGUUUUUGUCUUGGUGAUAUUUUAUGACCAGCUAAAUGUGGUACAAGCAUCGUUUUCUUUUUCCUCUCUUUCUCUCUCUGCCGUCUCCUUGUAUCAUCUCUCCUGUUCUCUCUCCAUCCCAGAUUUCCCAGCGUUCCCGUCAGCUCCUCCCGCGUCGAUGCUGGGAGAGGCUCCUCCGCCGUACUCCCCGCUGGGCUCUCCGGAGAGCGGCAGUGCUCCUGUCAUCAGCUGCAGAGUAUGUCAGUCGCUUAUUAGUGUGGAGGGUAAAAUCCACCAGCAUGUGGUCAAAUGCGGCGUCUGCAACGAGGCUACACCCAUAAAGAAUGCUCCAGCAGGAAAGAAGUAUGUGAGGUGUCCGUGUAAUUGUCUUCUCAUCUGCAAAGUCACCUCGCAGAGGAUUGCCUGCCCUCGACCUUACUGUAAGCGAAUUAUCAAUUUAGGUCCAGUUCAUCCUGGUGCCGGUAGUCCGAAUCCUCAGCCUAGUGGUGCCAGAGUUUCCUGUGGCCACUGUGGAAACACUUUUCUGUGGACAGAAUUUACAGAUCGGACAUUGGCUCGCUGUCCACACUGCAGAAAAGUCUCAUCGAUUGGCCAGAGGUACCCUAGAAAGCGGAGUUUGAUAUGUUUCCUGCUGUGCUUGAUCUGCAUUAUAACGACUGCAGGAUUGAUUGCUGGCACGUGGUGGAAGGCACUGACAUAUAAGGGGAUUUAUGCCUCCUGGGUAUUUUUCAUUCUCCUGGUGCUGAUCACUUUGGUCCGAGCUUUACAUUGGGCCUGCAUGAAAAUCAGUGAACCGCUGCACAACUACUCAUCGUAGGAGGGAUGAAUGUGGAGGAGGAAGGGGUAGAAAUGAAGUGUAAGAGACGAGAAUAAAGAGAAAACGGAGCAAAAAGAUGUUAAUAAAGUGAUGCUCUGUCAGGAAAAUAUCCAAGUCAUAUUUCACACCAAAAUCAAUGCAAAAAAAAAAAAAGUUGAAUUUCCAAAAAAAAAAAAAA